UACACCAAGAUGGCCGUCUAUAAUUUGCCAGAAUAUAGCACAUUGCUUAUUUAUUUCUAAUUUUACACAAGGUCUUCUUCUACGACGGAAAUCCACGCCACCUUCAUUGUCAAGAUUGCUCGAAACUUGCCCGAAAUUGCAAGGACAUUUCUUCCCCGUGCACGGAUCAAGAAUCGAUGCGAUUUGUCAAUGGCCUCAACAGCAGUUUCCAAACAGCCUUCUCCUCCCAACGGUGAAUCCUCCGCCAUGUUCCGCCCUCCCGUCAAUCGUGCAAUGCGCGUACUCGACAGAUCGUUCUUCCACAAAAGCAUCCCCGUGUCCGCAGCCACCGUUUUCGAGAACAAGGACAUAAUGCGCGUGCGAAAGAGAUUGGUUGCCAGCAAAGACCUUUUAGAUCUCCCGCGGUAUAAUGUUUGCAGAGUUGAUCCCCCGCGGUCACUUGUUGUGGGUAAUGGGCAGUCGCUGGAGCUAAGUAACUCUGAUUUGGAGACUCGGAAAUGUCUCUUGCUAGGCGUGAACAUCAAACAUGAUGAUAUUACUACUUGGUCUCCGACGAUAAAUGAGCUGGUUAAUGAGGGUUCGGUUGGACUGGGUCUUUAUACAGUGCAGUUGGACUACUCGCACUGGACCUAUUCAGAUAUCAUCGAUGCGAUUCUCCCGGAGGAAGAUGUGGAGAGGGGGGAUGCGCCAGAGGGAUUUACAUUGACUGGACACGUCUUGCACUUGAACCUACGCGAGCGGUGGGCUCCAUACAAGCACCUCAUUGCCGAGAUUCUUCUGGAUAAAAACCCCAAUACGCGCACAGUUAUCAAUAAAACGCAGGACGUGGGCUCGGAAAGCCAAUUCCGAACAUUUCCCUUUGAGAUCCUCGCCGGGGAGAAUGAUAUGAAUGUCACCGUUCACGAGCAAGGAUGUGAAUUCAAGUUCGACUUCUCACGUGUUUACUGGAACAGUCGACUGGAGACGGAACAUCGCAGGUUGGUGAAUACAUUUAAGGAGGGUGAAUUGGUCGCCGAUGUCAUGGCUGGUGUUGGUCCAUUUGCCGUGCCCGCCGGCAAGAAGAAGAUUUUCGUUUGGGCUAAUGAUCUCAAUCCGCACGGAUGGGAGGUUAUGGAACAGGCAAUCGCGCACAAUCAUGUGAGCUCGUUUGUAUCUGCGUACAAUCUGGAUGGUCGAGAAUUCAUCCGAGAAACUGCCAACCUGAUGGAUGGCCCUGUGCACAAAGCUAUCAUCUGGCCAAAAGCUCACAGGAGCCGGACAAAUCCGGAAGAGAAGCCGCUGCCUCCGCCUCGGACUUUCGUUCGCCCAGCUACAGUCGACCACUUCGUCAUGAAUCUUCCCGCCACGGCUAUUGACUUUCUCGAUGCUUUUGUUGGAGUCUAUACUGGCAGAGAACGGUUUUUCGAGCCGCAUACAGACCGGAAACUCCCUUUGAUACACGUUUAUUGCUUUUCAGGCCACUCGGACGAUGAGCGGAAUGAACAUGUAGAUAUUUGUCAGCGUAUAUCCGACCGUUUAGGGUUUACUAUAACCGCAGAUGAUACGGUUGGCGGUUCUGGGAAUCCGGAGCGAGAGUUGCACAUUCAUAAUGUGAGACUGGUCAGUCCUAAUAAGCAAAUGUUUUGUGCGACAUUCCGUCUGCCGCAAGAGGUUGCUUUCAAGAGCAUCUAAAAUAGAACGAUUUAGCAUGUUGCAUAUUGCAUGGCAGAUGGCGUUACUUUGUGUGUAUUGUUUAGAAUUAUUUGAUACCAGGCCUCUCAUUUUGAUCCUAUCUUGCUAAUGUCUUUGGCAACAUUAAAUAACUCGAAAAAUAUAAAUAAAAAACAAAAAUUA